AUGCAAGAGGAGAUCGCCGCGCUCGAGGCCAACGACGUUUACAAGACCAAGACAGAUGCGCAGGGCGACCACGAGCGGCUGAAGGCGCGACUGGUGGCGUGUGGCAACGAACAGGUGCUUGGCGUCGACUACACGCUGACCUUCGCUGCCGUGAUGGACCUAUCGACGGUCAAAGUGAUCCUGGCGCUUGCGGCUACGUGGGGGGGGGUGUCUGCCAAGCAUGGUGACAUCCCCAACGCCUACGUUAAAGCGUACAAGGAGCCGCACCUCCGCAUCUAUCUACAGAUGCCGCGCGGCAUGCCAGUCUCGAAGGAGACGCUACGAGCGCAAGGCGUAUCGAACGCGAGAGAGCUGGUGCUGGAGCUGCGGAAGAGCAUUUACGGGCUCAAGCAGGCAGGCCGGCUGUGGAUCCAGCUGCUGCACUCAAAGCUCUCUACUGCCGGUUUCACGCAGUGUGAGAGCGACAUGUGUUUCUACUGGAAGCGCGACGGCAACGACCUCGUCGUGGUCGGCGUGUAUGUCGACGAUCUUCUAGCGACAAGGACGAGCGCGGCGGCGGUCGAGCGGUUCUUUGCAAGCCUCUCGUCGUUGUCGAACAAGGACCUGGGGCGUGUCAGCGAGUUCCUGGGCAUGCGCGUGACGCACAACGGUCAGAAUGGGUACACGCUCGAUCAGGAGGAGGCCAUCAAAGACCUCCUACGCGACAACGGACUCGCUGACGCUAACUCGACGUGGACGCCGAUCGACGACAGCUGA